GGAGACAUAAAUAGGUUUUUGAUAACACCAACACUUUGUUUGUUGUGUGUUGCUUGUGGUGGUGUUGUUGAGCCGCAAAGCAAAGCAAAACAAAACAAAGGGAGGGGCAGAGAGAGAAAGAGAGAGAUCGCAGGUUUUUUGUGCUGUGACUUGAGAAGACUGAAGAGAGAUUGCAGUGUUUUUAUUUUCAUAUUCUACCUUCUAUCAUAACCCCCAAAGUUCCUCGCCUAGACACAAACCUUGAUUAUUUUAUUUUUAUAAAAUUUUUUUCCUUUUUUCCUUAGGUUUACUUUUUUCUGAUUUAUCAUUUAUUUGAUCCUCUUGUUGGGUUCUUCUAUUAUACUGAUCACAAUCACAAUCUCCGCACUUUCUUAGUUUCACUUUGUAAAAGAAUAAAAUAAAAAGAAUACAGAAAUUUGAGGAGAACUAGAAACCCUAAUUGGCAAUGGUUAACACAACGGAAUCUUCCUCUAACCACCACUCCCCGCCGAUGACGGCGGUCCCCCCUGAAUCCGACAGCCCUAAGUUCCCGCGAAAAAAUCUCCCUUCUCCAUGGGCUCAGGUUGUCCGCGGCGCCGAACCCGAAUCCACCGCCGGGACUCCCCAAUCGCCGCCGCUGCCGUCGUCUGCCUCCUCCUCCUCCUCCUCGCUUGCUGCCAGCGUUGCGUCAGUCCCGGAGCAGCUGCCUUCUUCAGAUUCCUCCUCCCCAAAGGCUGUAGCUGCCUCGCCGCUGGUGGACAACAGGAGUGUUGUGACAGCUCCUCCCGAUAGCUCCGAUGGCGGUGAGGGCAAUGCGGGUAGGUCCAAGAAACCCGCGUGGAAUAAACCUUCAAACGGGGUCGUAUCUGAGGCCGGUCUUGUGAUGGGAGGGUCAUGGCCUGCUUUGUCUGAAUCCACCAAAGGGACUCCCAAAUUGGCCGCCGAAUCAUCCUCCAAGACUGCCUUAGAUGCAUCGCUCUCCACAUCUCAGGGUCCUGUAACUUCGAACGCUCCCCAAAGACAAGCUACUAGCCAUGCAAAACCCAACUCUGCAACAACUUAUAACAUACCUAAUAGGCAAAGACCAAUGAAGCGUGGAGGUGGCAGCAACGUUGGGUCUGGUCCUUCUUCAAGCGGCUUUCCCAAUGUUGCGCCACCUCCACCACCCUUUCCUGUAUACCCAGUUCCUGCACCAGCAAUUGGUUACAGUAAUGUCAUGCCGGGAGCUCCAGACCAUUCUCCAAGAGAUCAUUAUCGUCGUAAUACCUGGGAUGCAAGACCACCUGUUGGGAAUUUUGUGCCUCCGAUGACUGAACAUCGGGGUUCAUCUGAACAUCGGGGUUCAUCUCGCCGGGGUAAUUUUGGGUCCCAUCCUAGGGGAGAUGGCUCCUAUCAUAAUAAUUAUGGUAGUAGGCGUGAUCAUGAUCGUGCCAAUUAUGGGAAUGCUAGAGAUGCUCAUGUACACCAACCAGGGGGAAUAUUGAGGCACCCACCACCGAAUGCUCCUUCAUUUGUUAACCCCGCACAUGUUGGAUCCUCACCCUAUGCUAACCACAUGGGCUUCCAUGGUCCGGACUUAUUAUAUGUUUCACCAGUACAAGUAGAUCCCAUGAGGGGCAUGCCAUUCUUUCCUUCCACUCCUCUUCCUCCUUCUCCUCCUCCUCCUCCUACGAUGUUCUUCCAUGCAGAAACUUCUUCUCCUCUUAACAAUAUGAUUAUCAAGCAAAUUGAAUACUACUUUAGUGAUGCUAAUUUAGUAAAAGAUGAAUAUUUAAGGUCCAACAUGGAUGAACAGGGUUGGGUUCCCAUUACGUUGAUAGCAAACUUUCCUCGUGUUAAAAAUUUAACAAGUAACAUCCCAUUGAUACUGGAUUCAUUAAGAGGUUCAGCUAUUGUCGAAGUGCAAGGUGACAAGUUAAGGAGGCAUAAUGAGUGGAUGAGAUGGCUGCCGGCGACUCAUCUUCGGUCAGAUUCCAGUUCAAUAUCUACUGGUGGACCGAAUUUCAAUAACCUUGCAGCUAAUUUUCAAACAAUCACUUUGGAAGAAGCAGCUAAAAUUGAAGGUACAGUCCAGAUGUCUGGUGUUACUCAAAUCUCAAAUGGUGAUGAUACUGCUGCUCUUGUCAACAAGAAUUAGAACUGUACCUACAUAAUCUACCCCUCUAAAUUUCUUAAAUUUCUUAGCCUUGUCAGGCGUCUAGUAUCCAGCAUUGCAAUAUCUGAUUUUUGGCAUUUUCUUCUUCAAUGCCCUCUCUCCCUUUUUUUUUUUCUUUGAGGUGAUGGGAACAGAGGUUGCAUGGAAGUUAAUCAUUCCUACGGUUGCUGAGUUCGAUUUUGAUCGUAAUUGAGUUUGAGUUGUGGAAACAAAUAAAAAUUGUUCACAAUUGUUACGAUCCAAAGUUAAAAGAUUAUGAAAUUGGACAGACAAAUUGAGAAUUUUGAUUGAGGCAUAUAUUUAAUGUUAUUGAUUUA